AUGGAUAUGGAUAUCGAAUCUUUAAUUGAACGCAUAAAUGCUGUUGCUGCAAGUCAUGCAGAGAAAAAUAUCACAGAAGACCUCGCGGCCCGUCUCAAACUUCUCAAGGCGGCCGAGGACCUCGUCGCGGCAUUGAAGCCACCCGACAUGGUAGUCGCCGACAUGGCUUUCUCGGUGUUCCACUAUGCGAGCGUGAGACUAGCACUGGAGAUGGGUAUGUUCGAGAAGCUGGUCUUGGCAGAGCGACCACUGCCUGUAACGGAGCUGGCAGCUUCACCCACCGCCGAUACUCAACUUGUUCUCCGCAUUGCCCGAUCACUAGCAGCCACUGGUUUCCUGGCCGAUGUACAGACCGCAGAAGGCCAGGACGCUUUCACAAUCGCAGCAGCUGGAAGACAUGCGAUCGUACCUUCUUGUAGAGCAGGCCUCAAGUUUCACUUCGAUCAGAAUCUUCCAGUGGUCAUUCACGCUCCAGAGUUCUUCCGUCAGAACGGCUUCAAGAUACCCUCGACGCAGCAAGACGGUUUGUUCCAGCAUGUGUACCAGACUGAAGACGAUUGCUACACGUAUUGGUUCAAACAACCUGGUGUUAUGGAGAAUUUCAAUACCUUCAUGCAAGGAUACUUUGAAACGAUUGAUUUCGUCAGACCGAUAUCAUGGUUUCCGUACGAUCAAGUCUGCUUUUCAAGGCAAGCAGAGCAAUGUUGA